ACACCUGACUUGACAUGUCUUGCGUCUUGAUCAUAAAUCUGACAGGUCGACAGAAACAUCUACUCAAACCCUCACACAUAUACACCAUCUACAGCCUACAAGUCGCAUCCUCCUGCGCAACAUGUGGCUGUCAUGGCUGAGCAGUCCUACCGACGACCACUGCUGUUCGCUCUCGCUGGCGCAGUGACCCUGACCCUCUCCUACUAUACCGUCGUCCAUUAUGCCUCCACCAAGUCCCACUCGACAACCUCCGCAUCCAGAAGCCUCCACCGCAGCAAUGCCGUCCGAAGGCCCAGAGCUCGUGGACGUUGGCGACCAGGCUUUGGUCGAAACUUCCCUGCAGAUUAUAACCCUCUUCAAGCCGCGCUGGAGGAGUUGGACAUGCGCAACGAGAAUGAACCUGGCUUUGGAGACUAUGUCAAUACCUUCUUCAGCCCAAUCAUUGAGCAGAAUUUGCAGAACGCCGAUCUACGACUGAGGCCCAAUAACUUGCAGUCCAUCUAUGACUUGUUGAUACAACAGGCCCCUGAUGCCUGGACGCCACGACUAAGAGAAAGCCUCCGACUGCAUAUCCAUGGGAUGUUUGUUCAGAGGUUCUUGGACGUCAGAUAUCCAGAAGGUUUCAUCAUUGGGGACGAUGUGCACGACCUUGCUAGGGCUAUGGUUCUAGCAGGCGUGAUUGAAGAAGUGGUCUUCCAGGCUGUCAGGGCCCACGACCAUGGACACGUCCUUUUCGAUGCGACCUGGGCCCCGGUCGUUCAAACAGCCCAAGCCGAUGGUGGCGCCGAUGAGUUGGAUCCCCGAGAGGCACUUCACGCCUUGGCCGAUCGUCGUCGAGACGAUGACGAUGGUGAUGCCGACAGUGAGAUGCCGUCAUUGCAUGAGGACGAUGACGAGCCGGGUGGGGGUCAGAACAUGCUAGACCUCCUCUAUCACAUCGCCGCCGAUCAGGCCCGAAGACAAGGCUACAUACAUCGUGGAGUUGAGUGUAACAAUUGUGGAGUGCAGCCGAUCCAGGGCAUUCGCUAUCACUGCGCCAACUGCUUCGACUUUGACCUCUGCGAGAGCUGUGAGGCUGGUAGCCCCCACAUUAAGAGUCACGUUUUCUACAAGAUCCGAAUUCCCGCACCAUCCAGAGGGCACAUUAAGCAAGUCGCCAAACCAUGGUAUCCGGGGAAGCCGAAUCGCUUCAUGGGAACCCUAUCGGACCAAGUAUCGAAACCGUUGCUAGAAGAGACCGGCAUGGAUCGUAUGGAGCUGGCUGCCCUCUACGACCAGUUCAAAUGUCUUGCCGGCACAUACUGGGCCGAAGAUCCCACCAAAAUCUGCCUGGCCAUUGACCGCAAAGCAUUUGACGCCUAUUUCAUUCCAACCACCAUGGACCGACCAUCCCCUGCGAAUCUGAUCUACGAUCGGAUAUUUGCUUUUUACGACUCCAACGGGGAUGGCCUCAUUGGCUUUGAAGAGUUUAUUCGUGGGUUUGACCUCCUCCAAGACAGGACACGCUUAGCCAGAUUGGAACGCAUCUUCAAUGGCUAUGACUUGGAUGCCGAUGGCUAUGUCGAUCGCAAGGAUUUCCUGCGCAUGUUUAGAGCGUACUAUGCGUUGACCAAGGAGCUCAGCCGCGAGAUGGUCAAUAACCAAGAAGACUUUGGCUAUGUGGAAGAAGAAAUCCAGGAGGUGGUGCAAGGGAGUCAGCCUAUCAGCGCCGUUUUUGGAGGCGGUAUGUUGUCUGGGCAUGAGUCGAGGGGCGGACAAGGGAAGCAACGUCGUCCAAACGGUGAUCUCGUCAUCUCGGACGGGGCCGCCAGUGGAGUCUUGUUACCCGACUCAGAAAUGCACGGUAACCGAGAAAGAGCGAUUGGAAAUGCUGCGUUGAGAGACCGGACGAGAAAUUCAUCCCUCCGCUCAUAUCGUGCAUCAGACCCCGAAGACGAGCCGCUGUUUCACGCUCCCAGCACCAGUCAGAUGCAAGCAGGUUUCGAGGAGCGAGACUCGGGGAGUGAGUCGGAGGCGAAUGAGCCGGUCCAACCCACGCAGAUGUAUGGCUGGCCUCCUGCGGAACUACCAGAGCCCGAAGACGUCAUCCAUGCCCUUGGGCAGCAAGUUGCAUUGGAAGAUAUCACGGACUCGGUAGACCGUUCGAGGGUGCUCUAUGCACAGGCUCGACGGCUUGACGCAGAAUUUGACGCGGAGGAUGCAGCAACCCGUGAGCAUGCAUUGGUAGAAAGAUGGGAGAGGAGGGCAUUCUAUCUCGAUGAGGAAGAAGGCAUGACCAAGCCUGCUGGAUAUGCUGAGCCUGACAGCUCUGAUGACGAGGUGGGUGGUCCGUCGUCUCCAAAGCCCAGCCUACCCGCCAAAGGCAGUCCAAGACGAAGAUCUAUGCAGUCGCGGUCGUCUUCCAAAGUGCGCUUCGACGACAGUGCGAUAGAUACAGACUACGAGACGCGAUCGAACGCCUCAUCGCGUAGCGUGCCUGUCAACGAACGCUGGGGUGGACUUGAGUUGGGCCAGGCUGAAGCAGAUCUUGGAAAAGACAUCCUUUACCAAGCGGUUCAGCAAGGUUUCAAUGAAUUGCUGGAUUACCUAUUCAAAUCAAAAGAGGAUGAAUGGAUGAUGGCCUGCCGAACUCGAGAGGAACGACAUCGACAUCGUGCGGAGAUGGAAAAAUACCGACAAGCCCUGGAACAGACCGAUGCGGAGAAAGAGGAGACUUCUAUGGGAGCAGACAAGCAACUGACAGAAGAAGCAUUGACUGGAUCCAGCAGCCAGGUCGAGGUCGAAUACGUGACGGCUGUGGAGAUUGAGGAGAUUGAUGAAACAAAUGCUCCAGAGGGGGCGGCGCAAGAUUCCAAUAGCGAUGCCGUCGCGCCCCUUGUGGACGCGGCGGACAUGGAUGAUCAUAUUGAACUGAUGUUUGGAGGUCAGAGGACAAGUGGGAAGGAUGAUUCGCAAAACCAGAACCCGUUGCUGGGAGACAAGGCAGAAUCCGUUGCGUUCUACCAGGAUCCCACUCUGCCGCAACAUCGACCCAAUGAAGGCGAUGAUGCCAUAGUCGAAUCCAACAAUGGUACCGGGAGCAACUCUACAGCACCUCUGGCGAAACCGCUAGGACCAUUUGAUGGUGAUCCAGAGGCGGCCAGAGAGCUGUUUACGCAAUGGACCUUGAUGGAUGCGGUCGAAGAAGAGUGUCAGAAGAGAGGAGGGUACGGGAGGCUUGACCUGCAGGAAUUCCGCGCCAAGAUGGUGGCAGAGGACGAUGUCUUGCCACCUGCAAGCAAGGACGGCGACCCUUCACAUAUCUGGGAAAGCAGCACUGAACUUGGACGACUGGGAUUCAUUGGCACGUGGUUGGAGAUGGCGAACUUUUGAGACGGGUCGGGAACAAGAAGCAGGGCGAUACAGCAUUGACAGAGGCCAAGGCUUUACGAAGUGAUGAAUAUCCCAGAAGAAAAUUGAUACCCAUGCCCGAGCAAAUACUUAUCUAUGUAAUUAUGCA